CAGACUUGCAUGUGGAAUCCGUUGGGCGUCGCGGACUACGGAUCGGACUCGGACUCGUCGGAGAGCGAGACAGGGCGUCAGGAGACUGUUGGGCCUUCAAACGCUGUCGCAAUCAAUGAAGUCAACGAGGAAGCGGUUGCUGCUCCUGCGCCAGCAGCCCCUGAUGUCGUUGCCUCCGUCGUGUUAACCCACGAUAUCGCUGCGGAUGAACCGACGAAUGAUAUUCCGGCACUUCCAGCAUUGCCAGACUUACCGCGAGCGCGAUGCGACCCGGCGAUUCAAGCCAAGAUCAACAAGUACUUGGAACAUAAAGAGCGCGGCCUUAGUUUUAUCGGGAGUUUGCGCAGCAAGAAGGAGUUCGACAACCCGUACAUUUUGGCAAGGGUGGUCGAGUACUUUGGCAUUGAGGAAGUGCAAUCAAACUUUCCCAAGGAUGUGUUUGAUCCUUAUGGUUACGACUUGGACGAUUACUCGGAUAAACUGGCGAUGGCGCUGCAGAAGGAACAAGAGCGCGUUGCGAUGCUCGUCCAGCAAAACCCAUCGCUGCGAUGGACCCAGCCCAGUUCCCUCACCUAACUACAAUAUAUAUAUAUAUACACUCGCUCCACAAUAUAUAUUCUUAACGUCACUCUUCGCCUUGUUGGGGGUCGCCGCUGGCCACUGCUCGGAGCUUCAUUCGUUUGCCCAACCCCUUGCAAUACCCGCGCUGGUUCUGCUCUUGCAACGUUCCCAACACUGGUUCAAUAUCGUCCUUCACAUGACGCUCCAUGCGUUCCAGCUCCCGUCGUGUCUGCUGGAUCUCAUCCUGCAGCUCCACCGUCUGCGCAUCCAGCAAGUCCUUGGCCUUGCCCCACACGACUGUCGCGCCGUUGGCCUUCAAAUGGACGUGCAACCCAUAAUCCAUGUCGGCGAUGGUCUUCUUGAGCUUGGCCAUCUUGGCUUCCAUGUCGCGCUUAUCCUUGGCGAGGGCGGCGGCUUUGGCGACGGUCGUGGCCAGCGUCGCG